AUGGAAGACGGAAAACAUCCACUAGCCAGCGAGGGCAUCUGCGGUGUGGACCAUGCUGGGCCGGCUGGGCCGGAGGGUCGUGUCGGGUACGCGCGCGCCUCGGUGGUCGGUGGUGCCCCGGGCCCUCCGCGCGGCUGGCUCGCGGUUCAUGGCGGGGCAAGCGAGGGGUCAGAGCAGCCGCCCCGCGCCUUCGACCCCGCGCUGCUGGAGUUCCUGGUGUGCCCUCUCUCCAAGAAGCCGCUCCGAUAUGAAGCAUCCACAAAUGAACUGAUCAAUGAAGAGCUGGGGAUAGCUUAUCCAAUCAUUGAUGGGAUUCCUAACAUGAUACCACAAACAGCUAGAGCAGCACAUCAACAGAAGAAGCAAGAAGAAACAGAGCAGCACUGAAUCAACGUUU